UAUUGUUUCAUUAGAGUCAAGAAAAAUGUGGUUCGUACUUUUCAGUAGUUUGUUGUGCCAUCAGGCUCUCUCCCACUACAUUCCCUCGAACUAUGCUGAACCCAUUCAAGGUCGUCAAGGACGCAUAGUUUCCGGGUGGGAUGCAGAACUUGGCCAGUUCCCUUACCAAGCAUACGUGAGAGCCGUCGACAACCGUGGAAAUAUUCUAACUUGCAGUGGAUCAGUGAUUGAUGCUAAAUGGGUUCUCAGUUCUGCAGCUUGCGUGGCUGGCCGCCAGUCGGUGACAGUGUUAGCUGGAUUAACUAACGUUAACAACGCCGAGUACGUGUCAGAAACCCGUCGGUGGUACACCUACCCCACAUUCGAUGUGAAUGAGCCAGGACGUGCUCAACAGAAUGAUAUAUCGCUCAUCUAUUUGCCGAUUGCAAUGACAUUUACAGACAACUUGAAUAGCAUCCAAUUGCAAUCCCGAAGUGACGCCUACAACGAUUACACAGGUGUUCAAUUAACCGCCAGUGGUUGGGGAUUAACUUGGACUAACGGAUUCAGGCCAACAGAACUACAGUGGGUAUACUUGUCUGGUGUCCCCGACGCACAGUGCAGAGGACUUUUUGGUAACAUUGUCAAUCAGAACACACUUUGUGCGCGUUACUGGAAUGUUACUACGCAGUCAAUUUGUGAGGGUGACAGUGGUAGUCCUUUGGUUGACAACGACUCAGGUGUACCUGUACUGACGGCGGUGGCAUCUUUCGUAGUAAGUGCCGCUUCUGGUGGUUGCCACUCCGGAUUACCAGCAGGUUUUAUCCGAGUUGGCCCAUUCCAUUCCUGGUUUACCCGAGUUACUGGAAUAGACUUCAAUGAGGUAGCCACUACAACAACUGUUGUAGAUGACACUUCUACUACUGUAGCAGAUGACACUACUACUACAGUAGCAGAUGAUACUACUACAACAGUAGAAGAUGAUACUACUACAACAGUAGAAGAUGACACUACUACAACAGUAGCAGAUGAUACUACUACAACUGUAGAAGAUGAUACUACUACAACUGUAGUAGAUGAUACUACUACUGUAGCAGAUGAUACUACUACUGUAGCAGAUGAUACUACUAUAACUGUAGAAGAUGAUACUACUACAACUGUAGUAGAUGAUGUUGUCACCGUUGAUGGUGUAUGGACUAACUCACGCUGGUUCAACUUCUAAUGUCGAAGAAUAAUUACUACUAAGAAAUUAUACCAAAAUCAAAAAAGAUUUUAGUGACAAUAUUAAGUGAUUAUAUAUUCCUGUUAAGUUUGUAUUUCAUCGUCCAAUUAAAUAUUGUACAACCGCA